UAGAUUAGGUUACUCAAUUUACUUAGAGCGGAGUCCUUGAAAUUGAUCCCGCCACCCAUCCAAAUCUCCGAUUCCCGCAGAAAAUGUUACAGCAUCCCGCCACAGAUUUCUACGAUUUGGCGGCGGCCAAUGCGGCUGCCGUUCUCACCGCCCGCCACACGCCUCCUUACAGUCCCACGGGUCUCACGGGAUCGGUGGCCCUGCACAACAACAACAACAGCGCCACCAGCAAUAACAACAACAGCAGCACCCUGGACAUCAUGACGCACAACGGUGGAGCAGGAGGUGGCCUCCACCUGAACAGCGGCAGCAACGGAAGCGGCGGGGUGGUGGGUGGAGGAGGAGGCUCCGGCGGCAGGGAGAAUCUGCCCAGCUUCGGCUUCACCCAGGAGCAGGUGGCCUGCGUCUGCGAGGUUCUGCAGCAGGCGGGGAAUAUCGAAAGACUGGGCCGCUUCCUCUGGUCGCUGCCACAAUGUGAUAAGCUGCAGCUGAACGAGUCCGUGCUGAAGGCCAAGGCGGUCGUUGCAUUCCAUCGCGGCCAGUACAAGGAGCUGUACCGCCUGCUCGAGCAUCACCACUUCUCGGCCCAAAAUCACGCCAAGCUCCAGGCCCUGUGGUUGAAAGCGCAUUAUGUGGAAGCCGAAAAACUGCGCGGAAGACCCUUGGGUGCUGUUGGCAAAUAUCGUGUUCGCCGUAAAUUUCCAUUGCCCCGCACCAUCUGGGAUGGCGAGGAGACGAGCUACUGUUUUAAGGAGAAAUCCCGCUCGGUAUUGAGAGACUGGUACUCGCACAAUCCAUAUCCGUCGCCCCGGGAGAAACGCGAUCUGGCCGAGGCCACAGGACUGACCACCACGCAGGUUUCCAAUUGGUUCAAGAAUCGACGGCAAAGAGAUCGAGCUGCCGAACAUAAAGACGGCUCCACGGACAAGCAGCACCUGGACUCCUCCAGCGAUUCGGAGAUGGAGGGCAGCAUGUUGCCCAGUCAAAGUGCACAGCAGCAGCAGCAACAACAUCAACAGCAGCACUCGCCCGGCAACAGCAGCGGCAACAACAACAACAACAACGGGCUGCACCAGCAGCAACUGCAGCAUGUUGCCGCCGAUCAGAGCCUGCAACACCACCCACACCAGCAACAUCCCGCCAGCAACAUCAGCAGUGUCGCCAGCAAAAGCAGCAGUGGAGGUGGAGGAGGAGGAGGGGUGAGUGCAGCAAGCGGUGCACAAAUGCAAAUGCCCCCCCUCACCGCCGCCGUGGCCUAUUCGCACCUGCACAGCGUGAUGGGGGCCAUGCCCAUGACCGCCAUGUACGACAUGGGCGAGUACCAGCACUUAUGAUUCUAGUUGGAGGCGGCCGCUGCCGCCGGGGGCAGUGGCGGGGUCAGCAACAUGGGCGCCGGCCACAGCAGCAGCAGC